AUGUCUCAACAAACAUCCCCAAGCACUUCCGCUCGCAGCGCUUCGCCUUCAACCAGCGGCGCGUCUGUUGGCAUUACCAAGAACCAAGGAAGCAAGUCGCCACAAGGCAAAGCUUUCUUGAAGACUACAGCCCGAAAGCUCAAGUUGAUCUUCAAGGUUGGAAGCACUUCCGCCAAGACCAAGAAGGUUGUGGAAGAGUCCGGCAACGAGAGCGAGGACACCGAAGACACUGCCGUAGAGAGCAAGGCUGCGCAACAUGAAGCUUCGAUCAACAAUGAUGACGAAGUCGUCUCUGCCAAUGUCCCUCAAGCUGCGCAAGAGUCCGGCAACUGGAAGAAGGCCACCAACGAGACCAUUUCCGAGAACAAGGCUACUGAAGAGGCUGCUUCCGUCAACAACAAUAAUGACCAGGCUGCCGCCACCCAUGUCGCUGAAGCUACCAUCAACCAAGCAGAGGCUGAUGUAACCAUCAUCGCACACAAGCAUACCACCAAGGCUACCAUCCACCAAGUAGAGGUCGAUGACAUUGUGGCCGCAACCCAAGAUACCGCCGAAGCUGCCAUGAACCAACUUAAGGCUUUCAGAGAUACCAUCGCAAGAAAUAAGGCUGCUGAGGUUGCCGAAAACUCCGAGGUGCCUGGCUCAAAGAACGAUAUUCGCCAAGCCGUCGCAGCUGUCGAAGUCCCUUCGCAAACAUCUGGCUCAGCUUCCCCAGAAACUUCCGCAUCUUCUCCCGCUCUGACCGAUGUUGACGCAGAAGGCUCCGUCGACGGAAACUUCGAGCUGGAGUUGCUCGAGACCGCCGACGAGCUGGCAGCCGAAGCCGAGCUCGAGGCUUACCAUGAAGUUUGGCGCAAGACUCCCCAUGGUACCAACGAGAGUGCUGUGGGCACGAAGUUCGCGGAGAACGUCUUGAAUCUCAUCUUCGAGAAUCUCGGACCUGCUUCCCAACGACUCUUCGGCGCUACAUGCAAGGGUGUAUACGACGUGUACAAGAAGAAAUUUUACGAUAAGGCUAUCACCGUCAGCUGGCGCGAGGAUAAAUUCCAAGGCCGCAACAGUGGUACCAAGGCAUACAAGGAGAUCAUCCUCGAUUGGACCCUUCCACCCUAUCUCUACACAGUCGGCAACGAUAUGAAGGAGAAUGAAGCGGUGCGCGCAGCCUACUUCCCAUUGAUCCUAAAGAAGCUUGACGAGGACCAGAAGGCACAGGAGAAAUACGCCGUUCUUGCAAAGCAGAGACAGGAGAGAGAAUUGGUUGAGGCUGAGCAUGCUGAGGCCAAGAGAAUCGCAGCUGCUGCCAAGAAGGAGAGAGCUCAGGCUAAGAAGGAUGCUAAGGCAGCUGCUUCUGGAGGUGUUGUUGCUUCCAAGGUCAAGAAGCCUCGGGGUGGGGCCAGAGGUGGAAAGAAGAAUAAGAAGACCGCCAAGGGCCAGGUGAUCUACAAUGUCAUCAAGUCGGCCAAGGUUGUCGAAGAGCUGCAGGCAAUCGAAGCAUCCAGUGCUAUCGAGGUACCCAAGGCAGUCGAGGAACCAAAGGCUGUCGAGAAGUCAAAGUCUAUCGAAUCACCAAAGGCACUUGAGGCUCCAAAGGUUGAGGCUCCAAAGGUUGAGAAGAGCGUUGAGCCUGCCUCCCAAGUUGUUCAAGCUUCGCCUGAGAAUAAGAGAAAGCGCGCCGACGAUCCAGAUAACGAGGUCGAUGGCAGCGCCAAGAAGGUUAAGGUUCAACAUAUCGUUGAGCCUGUUGAUGAUACUCUCAAUAACAACGAGAAGAAGAGUGCAGAUGGAUCCGAGAAGAAGAAUGUCAAGAUUCGCAAGAAAGUUACAUUCGAGGAGGUUAACUCGGCCGGCAACUCUGAAGAUGCUACCAAGAGCGCUGAGCCAGUCCCAUCACCCAAUUCGGCGUCGAAGAGAAAGCGUGUCGAGGAGGAUGUUGCUGAAGUUACCGAGAGCAAUAAGGAGGACACAACAAAGCGAAAGAUGGCUAAGACCAAGGGAGCAGAGUUCACUGCGGAGAAGGAAGUAAGCACCACUGCUCCCACCACGGGCACCAAGAAGGGAAAGGAGAUUGAGGGUGUCAAGGGUGCUGAGUCAAAGAAGAGCAAGAUCGCCAUCGCCAAUGUGGGUAAAGUCUUCCAACAAUUGGAGGCAAUUUCUACGAAGGAUGCUAGAGUUCUGGAGACCGAGAAGGAGCAGGAGGUUGUCAUGUCCGAGAAGCCAAAGGUCAAGAAGAGUGCGAAAGAGUCAGCACGUAUCAAGUCCUAUGUUGCUUACAUCAAGUAUUGA